GAGAUGCAAAGUUUGAAUACCAGCUUGCAACAACUCUCUAUCUCUCUCUCCAUAAAUGCAAUUGCAUCCUCUUCUAUACACUGCAUUAACUCCUCUCUAUCUCCCCCAUCUCAUCCCUUCAAUUCUCCCAACCGUUCCUCUCUCUCUCUCUCUCUCUCUCUCUCUCUCUCUCUCUCUCUCUCUCUUCAUUCUUCUUAAAUUCUAUUCACAAGAAAAAUACAGAUAGCUUCAAUGGAAACCAGCCUGAAAACCACUUUUUUACUCUCUUAAAAGUGGUUUCCAGUUGACCCUUUUUCCCUGAGUGCAGAUCAUAGUCUAAAUAACCAACAAAACCAAGACUGAAUAUAUACCAGAGUGUGAAGAAUUGAAUUAAAGAAAAAUGUAUCAACCCAACAUGUUUGAAAGUCACCAUCACCAUCUUCUUGAUAUGAGCCACAAGGCCCAAGAAAAUGAGCUUGAUAUGCUUAGAGAUGAGGAUUACGAGAGCAAAUCAGGCACUGAUAUCAUGGACGCUCCCUCUGGUGAUGAUCAAGAUCCCAAUCAACGUCCCAACAAGAAGAAACGUUACCAUCGUCACACUCAACAUCAAAUCCAAGAACUCGAGUCGUUUUUCAAAGAAUGCCCACAUCCAGAUGAUAAACAAAGGAAAGAACUUGGAAGAAGACUAUCUUUAGAACCUUUGCAAGUCAAGUUUUGGUUUCAAAACAAGAGAACUCAAAUGAAGGCUCAACACGAACGCCAUGAGAACUCACAGCUUAGAAAUGAGAAUGAAAAGCUACGAAUGGAGAACAUACGGUACAAAGAAGCCCUCACCAAUGCUACCUGCCCCAACUGUGGUGGCCCUGCGGCCAUCGGGGAGAUGUCAUUCGAUGAACAACAUCUCAGAAUCGAAAAUGCUCGCCUACGAGAAGAGAUUGAUAGGAUAUCUGGAAUUGCUGCAAAAUAUGUUGGCAAACCAUUGUUAACUUAUCCUAAUCUCUCACCCAAUGGACCACCACGCUCUCUUGAUCUACCCAUUGGUAGUUUUAGUCCACAACCCGCAAUAGCAGAUGAGAUGUUUGGAACCAGCAACCUUCUCAGGUCAGUUUCAGCUCCUACUGAGGCUGAGAAGCCAGUUAUAAUCGAACUAGCGGUUGCUGCUAUGGAGGAACUGGUUAGAAUGGCUCAGUCUGAUGAGCCUUUGUGGAUUCGAAGCUCUGACAACUCAUCAGAGACCUUAAACGAAGAACAUUACUCGCAAAUGUUUCCUAGAGGCAUUGGACCGAAGCAGAUGGGAUUGAAAUCCGAAGCUUCAAAGGAAUCCGCGGUUGUCAUCAUGAAUCAUAUUAAUCUUGUAGAAAUUCUAAUGGAUGUGAAUCAGUGGUCAAAUGUGUUUUCUGGGAUUGUAUCAAGAGCAAUAACUGUAGAAGUUCUUUCAACUGGAGUGGCUGGAAACUACAAUGGAGCUCUACAAGUUAUGACAUCAGAGUAUCAAGUUCCUUCACCACUUGUACCAACCCGAGAAUACUAUUUUGUUAGGUACUGCAAACAACAUACUGAUGGGUUAUGGGCCGUGGUUGAUGUAUCUUUGGACAACUUGCGCCCUUCCACAACCGCAAGAUCUAGAAGAAGGCCAUCGGGUUGUUUGAUUGAAGAACUUCCAAAUGGAUAUUCGAAGGUCACAUGGGUUGAACAUGUUGAAGUCGAUGAUAGAGCUGUUCAUGACAUCUAUCGGUCACUAGUGAAUUCUGGUUUAGCAUUUGGGGCCAGACGAUGGGUAGCAACGCUUGACAGACGAUGUGAACGGCUUGCAAGCGCGAUGGCUAGCAAUAUUCCUGGAGGGGACGUUGGAGUUAUAACAACUCUAGAAGGGCGGAAGAGCAUGUUGAAACUUUCCGAGAGAAUGGUUUUGAGUUUUUGUAGUGGUGUUGGAGCUUCAACAACUCAUACAUGGACAACUUUAUCCGGUAGUGGUGCAGAUGAUGUCCGUGUUAUGACUAGAAAGAGUGUUGAUGAUCCAGGCAGGCCUCCUGGUAUUGUGCUAAGUGCUGCUACAUCGUUUUGGCUUCCAGUUCCACCAAAACAAGUUUUUGAUUUUCUUCGUGAUGAAAACUCAAGGAGCGAGUGGGACAUUCUCUCAAACGGUGGACUGGUUCAAGAAAUGGCGCAUAUCGCUAACGGCCGUGAUCCAGGAAACUGUGUAUCGCUUCUACGCGUCAAUAGCGCGAAUUCUAGCCAGGGAAACAUGCUUAUACUUCAGGAGAGUUCAAAUGAUUCAACGGGUUCGUAUGUUAUCUAUGCUCCGGUAGAUAUUGCAGCGAUGAAUGUGGUGUUAAGUGGCGGUGACCCUGAUUAUGUGGCUUUAUUACCAUCUGGUUUUGCUAUACUUCCAGAUGGGGGAGUAAAACAUCAAGGGGGGACAAUUCUAGAGGUCGGUAAUGGUGGAUCUUUACUGACUGUUGCGUUUCAGAUUCUUGUUGAUUCGGUUCCUACAGCGAAACUAUCGCUUGGUUCAGUCGCGACAGUUAAUAGUCUUAUUAAGUGCACUGUUGAAAGGAUAAAAGCUGCAGUGGCUCCUGAUCAAAAUGCAUAACCAUCCUGAUCUUUGUUUUGUGUGUUUGUGUGUUUUGUAGUGUGAACCAAGGGGUGAGAUGAAGGGGGAGAUAGAUUUAGCAGGCGAUGUUUACUCUCAUCAUUUGAAACUAAUGGAUCGAAGAAGUCAAGAACGCACCUAAAACAAUCCUUUGGCGUAUGGUUUUAACAUCAAGAAAGCGGUUUUCACCAUCCGUUGAAGGUUAUGGGUUCGGGUAUUGACUUUGCAUACUUUUAUGGAAGAUUUCUGAGUAAACUAAAACCUUAUGAUCAAGUGAAUUUAAGUUAAAACUCGUAACUUUCUUCAAGCUUUAGGGUUUUUGAUUUAGGCAUGUAUGUGUUUGUAGUGUAGUUUUAGAAUGGUGGUCUUGUAGACACUUUAUUAUAAUAGUACUUUGCCUCCUUUCAUCCAAUCGCAUUCACUUAUAAUAUUAUCAUCUUUGGUGGUCA